AUGCAAUUGCGUAGUGGUCGAGUUACUGCGUCUAGUGCUAGUACCCUUGCCAUGGACCCUUCCCACAUUGAAGCUAUCACCCGACAGUUGGCACAAUUACAAAAUCAAUUAACGCCUGUCCAAACUGAACCUCAUCGUCGUCCACAAGGUGGUCGACACCAUGCUAGACAUGAUCGUAGGGAAGGAAAUCAAACUCGUAGACGCGAGCGGGAAUAUCACCGUCAUGGUACACUAUCUCCCCCUCGCCACGAGGAGCGCCUCUUUCAAAAUAUUAAGUUAGAUGCCCCUACAUUUGAUGGUUGUCUAGAUCCUAGUGUAUUCAAUCAAUGGGUUAGAGAUAUGAAUCGUUUCUUUGCCUGGUAUGGGGUCCCUGAAGAUCGGAGGGUACAAUUUGCCAGUUUGAAAUUAACUGGCACAGCUCAAUUGUUUUGGGAAAGUGUUGAGGACCUCCUAGAGAGGCGCCAUGCUCCCCCUAUUGGGAACUGGGACGAAAUGAAGCACCGCCUUGAAGAAAAAUAUUUACCUCAAUCUUACAAGGGCAACUUGCUGGAUCAAUGGAACGUACUUACGCAAGGCAGUCGACCUGUGACCGAAUAUGUUGCUCAAUUUGACGAGUUUCGAAUGAGAUAUCAGGUCGUUGAGGAUGAAGUCAUGACCUUGAGUAGGUUUAGGCAAGGCCUACGGGAUGAUCUUAGACAUGAGCUUGUUCUUAGAGGUGUCACCACUCUUGACCACACCUACUCUUUCGUUCGGGAUUACAAGUUAGUGACUAGGACACCGUACAGAAGUCGUAGUGACUCCCGCACUGCAACCUCCUCUGCAUCCACUCCAUCCCCUAAGUCUAUUCUAGGACCUCCUCCUUCUAAUACUACCCCUACAUCCGAUAGUAAAGGUAGAGGUUCUGAGGUUUCAAGAACGUCCUCUCCUUUGCAAUGCUUCAACUGUAAAGGUUUUGGUCACAUUGCUUCUAAGUGUCCUAGACGAGCCCUAGUUUUGAAAGAGCAUGAAGGUAUAGUUGACGAGCCACUAAAGGAUCAGGUUUAUAAGCCUAAGUUAGAAGAGUUUGAUGACUUGGAGGAUAGUGAAGAUACCUUCUUGGGUUGUAUUCAGGCUAGUCCCCUUAUACCACAAACGCCUAGAGUCGGUGUCGUCCGUUGUACUCUUACCCAGCCUAGGGAUACCGAUGAUUGGCGCCAUCAUGCCAUCUUCCACACUUACAUCAAGAUUAAUAAUAAGAGAUGUAAAGUUAUCGUGGAUAGUGGCAGCUGCAUUAAUGUGGUUUCGAUGGCUUGUGUAUCCCGUCUAGGGUUGAAGUCUGUUCCUCACCCUCAGCCAUACAGCGUCUCUUGGGUUGAUACCUCCUCCAUAGCUGUCAAGAAGCGUUGUUUAGUCCCUAUCCAGUUUCUCGAGUAUAAGGACCAUAUAUGGCGUGACGUCAUUUCAAUGGACGUCGGGCACAUAAUCUUGGGACGACCUUGGAAGAUUCACCUUAACCCACUGCCCCCAAAGCCUGUUGGCCCAUUGGAAACGAAGAAAAGUGUGGAACGAAAGGGAUUGCAAUCAUUAGUCCUGCGGAGUUUGUGCGUACACUUGUUGGUGACUCAGUUGUGUUCGCUUCGUGCAACUAAUCUAUAUGCUAACGUCAAGAAGUGCUCUUUCUUCACCGACACAGUUGUUUUUCUGGGAUUCAUUAUCUCUUCGACAGGGGUAUCCGCUGACCCUGCUAAGGUUCAGGCGAUCAUUGACUGGCCUGAGCUUAAAGCUAUUCAUGACAUCAGGAGCUUUCACGGCUUAGCUACAUUUUACCGUCACUUUAUUAAGGGGUUUAGCACUAUUAUGGCACCUAUUACGGAGUGCAUAAAGAAAGGGGAGUUUCAUUGGACACAAGAGGCGGUUAAGGCCUUUAAGUUAGUCAAGAAGCGAAUGACGGAGGCCCCUAUCAUGCGUCUUCCCAAUUUUUCCAAAGUCUUUGAAGUUGAAUGUGACGCCUCCGGGGUAGGUAUAGGCAGAGUCUUAAGUCAGGAUCGUCACCCUGUUGCCUACUUCAGUGAGAAGUUAAAUGAAGCCAAACAGUGGUACUCAACUUAUGAUAAGGAAUUGUAUGCAGUGGUCCAGGCUUUGCGCUAUUGGCGCCACUAUUUAUUACCCCAGGAAUUUGUCCUUUAUUCAGAUCACGAGGCCCUCCGUUACCUCAACUCCCAGAAAAGAUUAAGUUCUAGGCAUGGUCGUUGGGUCGAAUAUUUGCAGGCCUAUUCAUUUGUUUUAAAACACAAGAAGGGCGUAGAAAACCAAGCAGCUGAUGCAUUAAGUCGUCGUAUCUCCCUUUUGUCGAUCAUGAGUGUCAAGGUCAUCGAUUUUGAAAGACUUAAGGAGGAUUACAAGGCACCACAGAUGGCUUCCGACUUGAGGAGGGUUAUCUCUUUAGGGCCAAUAAAUUGUGCAUCCCUUGAACUUCAGUGCGAGAUUUCAUCGUGUGAAAAAUUCAUGCGGGAGGAAGAAGCAAAACACAGGUCUAUACACCCCCUCCCUGUCCCCAAUUGUCCUUGGCAAGAUAUUAGUAUGGAUUUUGUGUUGGGACUUCCACGCACCCCAAAGAAGCAUGAUUCUAUUUUUGUGGUUGUCGAUCGCUUCUCAAAGAUGGCUCAUUUUAUCCCCUGUAGCAAGACGUCGGAUGCGUCCAAGGUUGCCAUGUUAUUCUUUAAUGAAAUUGUCAAAUUGUAUGGGCUUCCCAAAACCAUCGUGUCUGAUAGGGACGUUCGUUUCACUAGCCAUUUUUGGAGAACUUUGUGGCAUAAGAUGGGUACCAAAUUGAAAUUUUCUACGGCCUACCACCCUCAGACUGACGGUCAAAUUGAAGUAGUUAAUCGAAGUCUUGCUCAAAUUGCGUAUAAUAGCUCCAUAAAUCGUUCAUUAAGUAUGAGUCCAUUUGAAGCCGUUCAUGGGUACAGGCCUAGGAACCAUUAG